UUGUCGAUUGGUUUACCACCCUGCUGGUAGCAAAGUUGGUUCCUAGUAGCAGGCACUAUCGCCCCUUGCCCUGUAUCCCCUUCCCAUCGCACACACGGUUCUGUCUCAUCCCACAACGGCGGGCGGUGCUCUCCAAUUAUCUUACUACGUCCGACUGGCCGGCUUUCGUCACUACUAUUCAUUUGCCGACUGGCAACGGUACUACUCAUUCCAAGUCUCUGCCGUCUACUAACUGUACUGAGCUUACCGGACCAGCGUGCCUCGUUACAGCGCAUUUGCCGCGCUUACACGAGUUUCUCGAUUCACUGGACAGAGCCAUUGGUCAUCAUUGGUUUUACAUAGUGCUGGUUUUGAAGAGGCGAGCUUUCGCUGCAUCAGCCCCAAACCCCCUCGCCGGUCUCUACUCCAAGGCGGCAGUCUGACCUCAGAAUCUUUGUAUGCGAGCGGUGUUGUCAUGCCCCUGGUCUCGCCACCGUCGGAUUCUGUCUAGACGUCUAGACUGUGCUCGACCUCGUAAGGGUGCCGCGGCCAUGAACAUGUCCAACAGUGAGCCCAUAGAGCCAGCUCCACCAGAUACGUUAGACGAUGAUGGUCUUGAGGGCUCGGACUAUGCAGAGUCGCUUGCAUCCUCAGGCUUCACCUCGCUUGCUUCCCGUGUUAUGAGACAUUCUCAUGAAGGCGGAAGGCCUGCCUGUGGUAGACGGUAUCAAUCCUUCCUAGAGACCAUAUACCCGUUGCCAAACGACGAGCCGGAACAGUUCCGCGAAGAAAUGAAGCACCAGAUGGUGAAGCGUCUUCUCGAUGACAACGAUUAUCUAUCGCCCAUUGGCAGCAAUCCGCAGAAGAUCUUGGACGUCGGUACCGGCACUGGCCUCUGGGCCGUCGACGGUGAGUGCUGUCGAAGCUUGCACUUGAAGCCUCGACCACCUAACUCUUAUCAAGUUGCGGACAAGUUCCCCAGCGCACACGUAAUCGGGGUAGACAUCUCGCCGAUACAGAACUGUUACGCACCGCAAAACGUCGACUGGAGAAUUGACGACAUCCAAGAAACUUGGUCACCGUUGUACUCCGGCCUCGAUUUUGUUCACUUUAGGUCGGUCAGUGUGACUCUGCGAGAGCCAGUCAAGGUCAUACACUCGGCGUACGAAAACCUCAAAUCAGGCGGUUGGGUCGAGUUUCAAGAUGCCGGCGUCAGGAUCGGGUGCGAUGACAACACGCUCCCCGAAGACUACGCACCCGUCAAGUUCAUGGACACUUUUAUACGCACGUUUAAGACGUAUUUCGGCUGGAACCUGGAAUUUCCCAACAUGCUGCCCGAGGUCCUAAAAGACGCUGGGUUCGUCAACAUACACUAUCGACAUCACAAACUACCUAUCGGACCGUGGGCCAAGGACCGACACCAGCGCGAAAUCGGCCUUUUCCUCAGCAAGGACGUGUUGUGGCAGCUCAUCCGCGCUGUGCUUGUCAAAUGGCCACAGAUGGGCCUGACGAAGCAGGAAGCCGAGAUCAUGGAACAGGACAUUCGGAAGGCGUUCGAAAACACCUCAUACCAUGCAUAUCUUCCGUGGAUCUCUAUCUGGGCUCAAAAGCCCCCCAACUGAUGCAUGCGAUGUAGUGAUACAUGCCACAGCAUCCUGCGAGUAGUUGUUCUGCGGCCAUCGCCGGAAUCCCUUCGGCAUUGGCAGAUCAUCCCAAGCAACGCGGGUGCCACACCAUGAGACCAGACGAGGCUCCGUCCCUCUCUUGCCUGCCCAUACGUGUCGUCGGGUUACUGGAUGACGCCGGAUGUAUGGCUUGCAUCGUGCAAUGUGGGAUGCCGCUGGGUAGGCAUACACCUAAUUAACAGCUUUCCUUUCGGCACGCUUCCUAGCCGAGUCAGACCACCAUCCCUCAAAUUCGAAAGGUGAGGAUGCUCUGCCUUAGCCGCGGCCAUCGUCGUAGAUGAGCAAAAACAUAUCGUUCGGAAUGCCGCACAGGACCAAUUUUAACGGCUGAUCAUGUUCAAAAAUCGCAUCCAUUCAAACGAGACACCCCGACGCCGAGGCUCAUCAUGGUUUCCUCCCAUAAGUAACAUACACAUCGAAAUAUCCAUGUCUCUCAACGGACCGCCACUCCGCGAUAACCCUAGCACUAAAGUCCCAGACUUCCUCUUUUCUCCAGCCCAUGAAGCGGGUGAAUAGAGCCAGCGUCAUAGACUCGAGUCCAACACUGAAGUUGGCCUCCGUCCAGACCCCAAGUGUCUUGUGCUUCACGUCCCGCGGCCAUUGGUUGAUUGGCCACUUGAACUGGAUGCGGACGAUAUCGACGAAGCCAACGCUGGUCAUCAUUUCCGCUGCCUUACCGCAGGUAUCCAGCAGAAAACCGGAUCUUCUACCGGCUUCCAUCAUCAGCUCAUUCCACCUGCCGAGGUCGCAGUCUGGCGGUAUGGUUCCGUCAUCACACCUCAUCGGAAAGUCGAUAUCCUGGAUCUCAAGCCAUCCUCCGGUAUUGAGGUUGCUGUGUACCGUGUCAGCUAUACACGGGCACACGGGCGAUGGGGUCGAAGAUGACAGACUCGAAUGCUUGCUGAUGAAAGUUGUGCCAAUCCCUAAAAGCACCGGUCAUCAUCAUGCUGUGGACAUAGUCAAACUUUCUUGAAAAGCUCCAUUCCUCCUCGAGAUCGUCAAUCUCGUAAUGGACGUUGGGUGGAGUGCUAGCAGGGUCAGGAAUCCGACGUGAAUCUUUUCGGCAUCAUGGCUUACAAGCCUGGCUGGACAGGCGACAGAUCUACGCCCACAACCUCGGAUUCAGGGUGUUCCUCUCCUUGUGUCGUAUCAGUAUAUUAUAAAAAUUGUUUGCAAGUCUGGUCC